GUAAAAAAGAAGUCGAAGAAGUGAAAGAGAAGAAAGGUAAGAAUAGAAAGCAAGGGAAAGAUAAGGGAAAAGGGAAAAUCACGGAGGAUGGAAAGGAGGAUGCAAUGAAGAAAUGGUUGGCAACGAACUUUGGGGGUUCUCUGAAGAUACUUUCAGAGAAAUUGGAGGAGGUGGAUAAAAAAUCCAAGUUGAAGGAUGAUGAACUGGAAGAGCUAAAGUUGUUGAGGGCGGAGAAGGAAUUAAGGGAGUUGAGGGAGAAUUCUAGUUCUGAAAAAAGGAAGAGGGAGUCGCCCUCGCACCCUUUGAAAGGUAAAGUUCGAUCUAGAUCGGUGCUUUUGAGAAAGAAAGGUAAAGAGCAGACUCUGAAGCCUGUGUUGCUGUCGUCAGACGAGGAAGGGAAGGGAACUGAAAGAGACGGGGUAGUACAGAAUCUGAGCGGGAAAUUGGAUGGAUCCGCCGGUGGAACGAAGGAUUUGGCGGAAUUGAAAGUUCUGCUGAAGGAAUUGUUGGUUGGAAAAGCUGCCUGUAGCAGCAAUGUAACAGCUGGGCAGGAAGUAAAGCAGGAUGAAGAGGGGUUGGGACGGGGUGAGCAGGACGGAGAUGCUGAUGUACCUCACAAGGUGGCAGUUGGAACUGAUAAGAACGAGGAUGGGGAGAAGGAAGAAGGGUCACUGGGGCUAUAUUUCAAAGACAGGGUGAUCUAUUACGACGCAAUGCACUACACGGAAAUACAAGCGUUGUGCAAGAAGAAGGGUAUCUCGUACAAAAGGAAAGAAGGGGGAGUCUGGGAGCUUGCCCGACUAGAUUUUGAAGUUUUGUUGAAACUGGAAAAGACGGAGAAAAAGGAUGAAGAGGAGGAGGAAGAUGGGACAAAGAGUGACGAGGAUGAUGCCGAUGACACGACUAGUAGUUGAGCUUGGGACAAAGAGUGACGAGGAGUCACAGGGUGAUGAUCUGGUGGGAAACUAGCGGGUGCUAGUAAAAGAUCAUUACUAAG